AUGCAUCAUAAGCUUUCAAGCGUAUCAGAGAGACCUAUUGCUCCAGACACCAUCCAUCAUCGGCCUCAAGGGAGCAAAGAAUCGGAGAAAGGCUUUAGAUCCUCAAAUCCAUCAAACCAGGAUUCUGAGCACACUACAUAUAUUUUGAGGCCAUCCGGCGACCACUCUCUUCCCAUUCCUGUAGCUACAGAGGUAGCAAGCUCUGUUGCCAGCUCAGUGGAGCCACUUUCUCCUCGAGACUUCAUGGGAGCUGGAGAAAAGAACCAGGAUUUACCAAAUAAGAGAAAGAGAGCAACAGAAUCUCCAAGCCAAGCACGAAAAUUGGGAAUCUCCCAAAUGCACCGAAAGAGGCAUCCAAGAUUGUCAGAAAUCAGCACCAAAAUGAUUCACGAUACGAUUCACUACCUGCAAGCGGUAGCUGAUCACAUCUCGGCUCCCGACACCACUUCCUCCAGGGAAUGGGCCACAAUGCAUUUCGCCACGCAAAUGCUCCAGAGCAGAUUCGAGCAGAUUCUUGAAAUGGAAGAAAUAGAAAAAGGCAGUGCCUUUGGUCGCAAUGUCGCGAAUGUGCGACCAGAUGAGAAGUGCCGUAAGUGUGCGGCUGCGGACGAAGACCUGCUGUAUGACUGA